UUUAGCAUACAAAAUGGCGACCCCCAUGGCUUCAGAAACCGGGGAAAACAGGGUUAACGUUCGACAGUUUCUUGAGCAAUGGGGCGACCAGAUUAAAUAUUCAAAUAUUGCAAAUGAUAGCGAGAUUGAAUCUAUAUCAGCCAUGAUGAACGUUCCGACUGACACUGUCAAAGAAGUAUCUGAAGUGUGCAGCCCUGAAACCCUGAUGAGUAGCAGCGACACCCUUGACAGGAAAGUCAUGUACGAGACUGUUCCAAGUGAUAUCGACCUGACAACCUUAAAGAACCAAGCAGCAGAGCUGGACAAGAGGAUGAAGAACCCGACAUAUCACAAUCAUAUUCUACGGAAGAUGAAGUACAACUAUGUUGACUGGUAUCGAUAUUUCAAGACAGAGGAGAAAUUCAGCUAUCCGGCACCAGAUGGCGUUGACACCAAGGUCAGGGAACCCAACGUUGUGCUGACAGUCCAAGUCCACAAGCCGUAUCGCAAUCAGCCAAGUUCACGGUUGGUCAUGUCGGAGACCUACCUGGUCCUUGGCAGCCACAGACUCAGUGAGCUGCGCGACGUCAUCAGGUGUUCCAACGACUACGCUGUCAGCGGCGAUCACAGUGCACACCCAGACGUCACACAGUUCACAUAUGCAAAGGAUAUUUACAAGUCAGGGUUUUUCUUCAUCGAAGGAACCUUCUACAAUGAUCUGCGCUAUCCUGACAACCGAGACUACAGCCAAAUCAUAACAGAGUGGGUCAGUCAGGAGAAUAGAUGGGACAGGAUUGGUCCUUUUGAGAAAGCCAAGAUGGAGGACACAACUUUCCUUGACCUAGACCUUGUGGUGGGCAAACCCUACUUCUACCAGCAUCAGGGUGACUGUGAACACCUCCUCAUCUUCACCGACAUUCGCAUGCUCCACCCCAUGGAUCCCCAGGACCUGCGGUCGUACCCGUAUCUCUGCCGCGAAAUGAACCACAAACGCAAGAUCUGUAAAUCCUGCAUGAUAAACACUGCCGGGUGGAUCAUCUAUGACUGCCCCCUGCUCCCCAGCAAUCCAGCCUUCAUGUGCCACAGGUGCUUCAAAGCUCUGCUCUAUGAUGAAGACGGCAAUAAGAUCGGCAACUUCGUUGCUUACAAGAGUUCGGAGCACCCCACAUGAACGUGUGUCCUCAUGCUCAUAGGCUGUCUGUGAUAUGACAACAUUGAGAACAGAUCCUGAGUCUCGAUCCUGGCGUGCCAGUAAACAGCAAUAACAUCGGAAUGGAUGCUGAUAUCACCUGAAUAUACGCCCUAUACAGGUCAUGUUCACACCUCAUUACUUGAGCAAACCUCACAAAUAUUUGGUUUGAAUAAUGACAAUUCAGUGAUGAAAAACAUCUAAUUAUCAAUACCUGUCAUAUUCUCACCAUGACAAUGUUGCUGUCAUUAGUGCAAGACAAUAUUCACACAUUCACUCAUGGAUUAACUGGAUGGUCUUAGGUUUUUGAUAUUCUGUUGGAAAAUGUUCUGUUUUGUGACCAGCUGGUUUAAUUUAACAUAAUCUUAAGGCAAUACUAAUUGCUUUCAGUGGGGAAUCUGUUUGGUUCGUUUUCAUAAUGAGAACGUUAUUAAACUAGAUGAUUUUGAAAGACUGUGGUUCAGAAAAAAACACCCAACUUUUCACAUUCGACAGUUUAUCAACAUGAAUAUUCUGUAAACUAAAAUCAAAUGUCCAAGGACUGGUAUUUUGAAGACUAUCACCCUGAGACACAGUCCCCAUGUUUUUGCAAGGUAGGGAGGGCACUUUGGGCUCACCAGUGAAAAACAGUGGGGUCAACAUCAGAUGGAGUGUGGACAAAAGUAGUCUGACAUAGACAUGCGUUAAAAUGUAGAAUUAUACUACAAUUCAGCCAAACUUGUGUAAUAGCAAUAUUGUGCAUGCCAGUCCCAGGAAUUUUUUAUGGAUGUAGAACUGACAUGUCACUUACUAAUGGUAAUGCAAACUCGGCUUAAUGAAAACUGAUGUUUAUUAUCUCUGAUCAACUUCCUUCCCGGGCAGGCCAUUAUCAUGACAAUGAUGACACAUUUAGUGAAUCCUCCUUGGGCAUUACUGUGAACUCCACUGUGACAUUGUAAAUAAAACUGGAACUAUA